AUGGCCAUGGAAGAAUGGGUUCUGCGCCCGCAGAAUAACACUGCACUAGACGACAUCCUGCCCUGCGCCGACGCGGCGGCGACCACCGACGCCGUGCGAAGAAGCAAGGAGGUGAACCAGCAGCUCGUCGCCACGCUCAACGGUCUGCUAUCGAAUGUCUCCAACGCCAACAAUGUCCCGCCCCAGGUCGGCCCGCCUGUCUACUACAACCAGUCCGGCCCGCCUGUCUACUACAACCAGUCCGGCCCUCCGGUGCCCUUGCUCUGCAACCCCUACCGCGCGGACCUCACCGACCGCCCCUGCGCUGCCGGUGAGGUCCCCGCCAUCAAUGCACCGCAAGCGUGGCAGGGCUUCGUGUGCCGCACCACGGGCGCGUCGGGAUCAGAGGUGUGCGCGACGGUGGGGCGCCUCACGCCGGCGAUGUACACCCAGGCGCUAGCCGUCGCCAACGCGAGCGACGGGCUGGUUGGCUACGGGCCGGUGCUGGCCGGCCUGGCGGACUGCACGUUCGUGCGCCGGACGUUCGAGACGGUCGUGGCGGACAGCUGCCCCGGGCUGAGGCGGUACAGCGCCAGGGUGUACCAGGCUUUGCUUGCCGUGGCGGCGGGCGUGAUGGCGGCAGUGGUGGCGUGGCUGGUUCACUCCAGGGAGAGGCGGCGGCGGCGCGAGGCUGUGAGGUUCAGGGUGUCACCGUACAGGCUCCCCAUCGACGAGAAGUCGCUGCUCAAGAGCCCGCGGCGGCCGUACAGGAGAGCCGAAAGCAACGGAGGCCUCAUGACUAGGUAG